AUGCCCGUGGCGGCCGAGCCGGGCGCCGACGGCUUCGUGCUGCUGCAGGAGUUCGAGCACGCGGACUCGCUCAGCGCGUGGAAGCUGCCGGCCAAGGAGCGCCACCACCUGGAGGAGAUGGAGCGCGUCAACCACCUCAUCCACGACGUGGAGAACUCGAUGCAUCUGCGCGAGACCGUCAAGGUGCUCGAGCAGAAGCGCAUGCACCACGAGGAGUACCACGAGCGCGCGGUCAACGACGAGGAGGAGCGGCCGCAGGGCCUGCGAAAGAAGGACAGCUUCCGCCAGCGCCAGCCGCCCAAGCGAUCGUUCGAGGGCCGACGACAGAAGCCCACACGCAUGGGCCGCGUGCACCAGCCCAAGUAA